CCUGGGUGUCAACAUGAAAGACAGUAGGGACAGCCCGUAUAUGCUGGAGGUCAAGUUUUCUGAAGGCCGGUUAGUCAGUGGCCCUGACUCCCAUCCUACCCGUUGGAUGCGGUUUGUAGCCGCGGCACACGACGACCACGAGCAGAAUCUGUCUGCCGUUCGUUCUCCGGAGGGGCGAGUGAUGUUCCGUACAACUCGAAGCAUCUUGCGUGGAGAGGAGCUCCUAGUGUGGUACUCCAGUGGCUUUGCUGAAUACCUGGGGAUGCCUACCACUAUCAAUCGAUAUAGAGGUAAGGACGGCUACAGAUGCCCAAGGUGUCCCAAGACGUUUAGGUAUCCCAACACUCUAAAAUCCCAUCUUCGCUUCAGAUGUACAAUCACAGCUCGUGGUGAGACGAGCGCCCUCACAUGUCGACCGACUGUCAGUAAGACGGAUCGCAACAUUUGCUCCGGCAGUGCAUUUCACCGAAUCGCUUCAACUUCAUCUGGGGACAGUAAAUCAAUUGCCGCUUCUCCACAGAUUACCUGCGCAAACGGGCAUCACCAUAACCAGCACGGGGUACCAGGGGAUGGUAACUGUGAUAUGAUGGAUAUUUAUAGUUUAGCCCGGAGUGCUCUAACCGGGGCCGGAACCGGACGCAUAAGUCAAUCCGUUAGUAUUAUUGGUGACGGUACCGGAUCAGCGUUCCGGCCGCAUAACUCUAGACUGCGCUCGGUGGAGGUAGAUAAUUCACCUCGGAAGGAGAAAGAAGGGUUCCGUGUUGUCCGCAGUAAAGACUCUAUAAACAUUGGUGGGAAUUCAUUACUUCCCUCUGCGUCCCCGUCUACGUCAUCCGCUUCUAGGGUUGGUCAAGACGAACGUAAAGUUCCAUUCACUGUGGAGAAAAUGUUCGGUUUGCCACGCCCAGCUAGUCCACAGCUUGCCCACCACAACUCUGUCAUUGGCGAGUCACUUCUCCAACAGCGACAAAAAGCACUGGAACGAAACUGUCUUCCUGCAGGGUACCAGCCAUGUCCCGUCUCAGCGCAUCACCAUCACCAUGCUGAGACACCAGUUGCUAUUGGUUCCCUCCACCGACCCCUUGAUCCGUAUGCUGGUUUCCCGUACAGAUUCUACCAUCAUCAACACACCCAACCUGGUUUACAUCCUGGGCUAUCCCGCUAUGGAACUGUUGUCCCAGUCCAUACGAAUGGUGACCUGUAUGGUUCCAGUGGACCCUGUUUCUCUUACAAAUUCCCGUUCCCUGCUGGUCUCCUACGUUACCCGGAUGCAACUGCACCCCUGGUCGCCUCGGCAGCAAGUGACGUCAUGGAUUUGAAUAAAUAUGCUAAUUUAGAACGCAGUUUGACCGGUCAGGGAAUGACAGGCUUCCACGACCCUCAACUUUUCACCAAUCAUCACCAAGCUCCCAACGGUAAGGCCAAGAGGGGCCACUUGUGUAUUUACUGCGGUAAGCUGUACUCGCGCAAGUAUGGUCUCAAGAUUCAUCUACGGACACAUACUGGCUACAAACCUCUGAAAUGUAAGGUUUGCCUUCGUCCAUUUGGUGAUCCUAGCAAUCUCAACAAACACAUUCGUCUCCAUGCUGAGGGUGAUACUCCGUACCGGUGUCAAUACUGCGGCAAGGUGCUGGUAAGACGCCGUGAUCUCGACCGGCACAUCCGAUCACGUCACCCCAAUGAAAGCGAGAAACGAGAGCAAGAAGCAGCCAGCUCCGGCCUCGUGGUGGUAUCGCCGCCAAUAGCCAAGGAGAUAGACGGGGUGAAGACGCCGGAAUACGGCGAGGAGAAUGUCGUGUCAUCGCCGGACGACGUGGAUGAAGACGAUGACGAUGAAGGAGAUGGUGAUGAUGAAGAUGAAGAUGAACUUGACGAUGACAUGCAAUCUGAACUGGUAGUGUGACAUCAAACAGACUCACUCAGUAGUUACACUUCAUCCCAUUGUAGUUAGUGCAAAGUCAAGUUUUGAGACGCAAUACAAUUCACACAGAUGAAUUUGCUUAUUGGGGAAAUUUGAGACGCUGGUGGCAGCAGACAUUUCAAGUAAAGUCCCAUUGUUGAUCUACACACGUCACCAAUUUUCAAAAACCUAAGUAUACUGCCACCAAACAUCACCGGUACCAAUGUGCUCAACGGUGUGUUGCAAAGUAUGUCUGUUUCUGGAAAAAUUGAAUCGACCUUAACAGACACGACACUGUCUUUUUAAAGUAUAUGUCCCGCGGUACACUUUGUGUGUAGGCUACCCAGUCAAGACAGUUUGAGCAAUUUUGUUGCACGCUAUAACCGUGUGCUCACAUAGUGGCAAUACGUCUUGUACGUGUCGUUGGCUCUUAUCCAUUGCCCAUUUUCAUAGAGCUGCUUAAAGGCACUUGACCCUUUUGGU